GCCAGACACAAACCGGGUGGCUAACCUUUGCUUCUUGCAGUUACCCCAUGGACGACUUGUCUUUUAGAAGCUCGUCUUUCAAAUCGUGCAGUUCGAAGUCCCCAGCGACGUAGCGUCGCUUCAGCUGACAGUCCCUGGCUACGCCUACUCGGACUCCACCUACGCUAUGUCGUCCGACGCCACCACUUUCUCGUGCUCGGGCAAGUUCCUGGGCGUCAUCUACCCAGACACGGUCUGCACCGACAUCCCCAUGACGGGCAGCGGUCGCGUGCGGUGCAUCGCGCCCAAGAAGAAGGCCGAGAAGCCCUCCGCUGCUGCUGUUAGCACGUCGGCUGCUGGUACGACUACCAUCAAAGCAACCGUUUCAGUCUCCGACUCCACUUCGGUUUCCUCUUCCUCUUCUUCUUCAUCCUCUUUCAAGUCGACUUCUUCUUCCGCGGCCGAGACUACCUCGGCUUCCUCCAGCUCCAGCAGCUCCAGCUCCAGCGUUGCUGCCGCCACCACAAGCCCUGCUGCUGCUGCUGAUGAUGACGGCGAUGCCACUACUUCUUCCACGGCUUCUGCUACGGCAACAGCCACAGCAACGGCCACGGCGACCAUCAUGACGACGGAAGCCGACGCCCCGCUUACUAUCACCAUUGCGACUGCUGCCCCGCGCCGCCCCCCGCCUGUCAUCCGUGGCAGAGACGUUGCGGCCGCUAAUGAUGCCAUCUGGCCCUUCCUUGGCGGCUUCCCCUGGUGGCUUCAUGGCGGCGGCGGCGGUGGUGCCGGUUGGGCUGCUGGUGGUGGGUUCCCGUUCGGUGGCGGCGGUGGGGGUGGUGCGGCUGCUGGUGGAGGCUUUGUUGGCGGAGGAGGAGGUGGUGCUGGUGCUGGUGGUGGUGGUGUAGUUGGUGGAGGAGGCGGUGGUGCUGGUGGUGGUGGUGCUGGUGGAGGUGCUGGCGGAGGCGCUGGCGGUGGCGCCGGUGGAGGUGCUGGCGGAGGUGGCGGUAAAGGAGAAGGCGGCGGUGCUGGUGGUGGUCAAGGUGGUGGACAGGGCGGUGGACAGGGCGGUGGACAGGGCGGUGGUCAGGGCGGUGGUCAGGGCGGUGGUCAGGGCGGUGGUCAAGGUGGUGGUCAAGGUGGUGGCUCCGGCGGUGGUGAAGGUGGCGGCUCCGGCGGCGGUGGUGGUGGCUCUGGCGGUGGUGAAGGUGGUGGUGGUGGUGGCAGUGGCGGCGGUGGUGGUGAUGAUGAUGACGAUGCUGCGUCUGGCGGCGGUGGGGGUUCCGGCGGAGGUUCCGGUGGUGGACAAGGCGGUGGCCAAGGUGGUGGUCAGGGUGGUGGUGGUGGUGGAGGACAGGGCGGUGGCCAAGGUGGAGGACAAGGCGGCGGACAGGGUGGUGGACAAGGUGGCGGUCAAGGUGGUGGCCAAGGUGGUGGACAGGGUGGUGGUGGUGGUUCUGGUGGCGGACAAGGUGGUGGACAAGGCGGAGGACAAGGCGGAGGACAGGGCGGCGGCCAAGGCGGAGGUUCUGGCGGCGGUCAGGGCGGUGGACAGGGUGGUGGGGGAGGUCAAGGUGGUGGUGGUGGAGGAUCUGGCAAAGGUAAAGGUGGUGGAGUAGCGGCCAUCACGAUCACCGUGGGUGGUCGGGGUUGAGUCUGCCGCGGAUUGUCCACAUGAGCUAGGGACGGCCAAGUUCCAAGCCAGGGGAAUGGAAGGGUGUUAGCAGAGGGAUAAUUGCGAUCUGAAGGUUCCAAUGAUUCUUUGUAUUUUGUCUCCAAUUGCCUCUCCUUGGGGUACUUUAUG